AUGGUUUCUCUUAUAAAAGUUUUUCUACAGCUACUACUUUUUUGUGCCGAACCAUUUGCUUUACCCAUAACAAACCAUAAUUCUGGGGAUGUUAAAACCUAUGACAGCGUAAUUCUACAAAAGCGUAGUUACAAACCUUCGUGGGUAUUUUGGUACUACAGCAGCAACGGUAGACGAGAUUGUGGGAAUUACUGCUUAAUUGCAUUUUUAUUUGGGUCACUUGUUAUUCUUUUAAUAAUUAUUUGCGGCUGUUAUCGGUGUUAUCAAAUUAAAAAAUAUUAUUCAACUGGAAAAUUUAGUUGGGAAAGGAGAAUGCGUAAUAAUACGGAAAAUUUAUCAGAAAACGAAGGCGAUGAAGAGACACAUGAUGUGAAUAGGGAAAGAAGAGAGAGUAGACAAGAAACGGAACUGCCCGUACCACUAACUCCUCCACCUCCAUAUUCAGCCGAGGAUACAAAACAGUAA